GACAGGUUGGAAGCGCUACAAAGGCUGGAACAACAUCUAUGGGUUGGUGUCGGACCCCAAGAAGAGUGAAGAUUGCUGCACCUAUUUGGGAACCUUUGACUCCGUGCAGAAGUGCGAGGACGCGGCCAAGGGAUUUUCAAGCUAUGUUUGGCAUGAGACUGCGGACCCCUCUUGGCUGCGCACCUGCUAUGGGGUUCGAGAGCCCUACGGCUUCCGCCCCGUGUCACAGGAUGGCGUCAUCACAGGUCGAAAGAUGAGCACCAACCUUUGGCGAGCCAACCUCUCAGCCCUCGGCUUGAACAUCGGCGAGGAGGGCUUCCCCGGCCUGCGUCUGAACGGCCAGCGAGCAAUUCGCGCCAAGUAUCCGGAUGGCGCGCCCGAGCGCACUGGGGAAUGGCUGUAUGGUGCUGGCCAAGCAAUGGGAGGUGGCGACUACGUUAACGCCUUCAUCCGUGAUGGUUUCACUUCCUGGACGCCACCUCGCCCCCGCGGCCCCCCGCAGGAUCUGGUCGUCGGCAGCUCCGAUUGGCCUGGCGUGGAGUGGCCCAUGACUUCCCCUGAUGGAUCCACGAGAUGGACCGGUGAGGGGGACUUCGGAGAGUUCUACAUUGGCGUUGGUGGGAACUGCGAUGAUGUAACACCGUCCGUGGGAUACUGGUGCGGGUCCAAAGCACCACGGGGCAUCAUCACCCACAACUCCCCUUCCGGCAUCGACAAGGAGAACUACUCGAGCCUGUCUAGUACGAAGCCUGUGGUGAGUGCCUGGCGCGGCGGAGACGUCCUAGAAUGUGACGAUCUGGUGCUCACUGAGAAUCAAGUGCCCGGUGGUGAAUCAGGGGCCCGCUGCCUCCUCAGUUGCGAGUUGAAAGUUUCGGGCUGCAAAGGGCACAAUGAGUUCGGGUUUUCCUGGCAAUUUCUGGUUGACGCGGUCCACGGAGAGUCUCUGGUAUUUUCACCUCAUCGCGGUGGCAAUCAGGGAGGUGAGGGCGUGAACUACGGCGGGCAGUGGUGGAUUGAGAACGUCCUGGAGGAGUGCGAUGCUCCCAACGAGUUCUUCUAUGAUCGCCGCAGUCAGUCUUUGUACUUCUCCUUCAACGGCACAGACACAGUCCCAGACGGCACAGAGCAGUGGGUCUUGCCUGUAACCCAGGUCUUAUUCAACAUCACCAGCUCGCACAGCAGCAUUCGUGGUCUUGAAGUGCGCGACUCCAUGAUCACCUACCUGGAACCGCAUGGCCUGCCCUCAGGGGGCGACUGGGCCCUGGAACGCCUGGCUGCCAUUAUCCUCCGUGAUGCCUCCAACAUCACUGUGGCCGACAACUUGUUGACCAAGCUGGAUGGGAAUGGUAUCUUCUUAGAUGGAGCCGUGAAAAAUGCCAGCCUACUUCAUAACGAGUUCUCCUACAUCGGGAGCUCCGCAAUGGCUGCGUGGGGCUACACUGGAGAUUGCCUCAAUGAGAACUGCUCACUGAAGCUGCCGACGGGCUCCGGCAUGGGCCCGGACGGUCGUAGCAUGCGCGUGCCAUGGGGCACUCAGGUAAAGUCCAAUCUGGUUCGAGAGAUUGGGAUUUGGCAGAAGCAGUCCUCGAUGUGGUUCCAGGCAGUGACUGCCGAGACUGAGAUCUUGGGCAAUGUGCACUUCAAUGGGCCUCGUGCAGGAAUCAACUUCAACGAUGGUUUUGGCGGAGGCGAUCUGAUUGAGGGCAAUGUUAUUGGUAACUGCGUUCGCGAAUCUGGGGACCAUGGUCCUUACAACAGCUGGGAUCGAGUUCCUUACAUCACCACACUGCGCACUGGUCGUCCGUCCAUCCUGCCCAAGACGAGGCACUUGACAAGAAAUCUCUGGUUCGGCACGUACAGCACACAGGAAGGUGUGGACACUGAUGAUGGCUCAUCUUACCUGCUUCAAGAUUUCAACGUGUUUGCUUAUGGCGCCAACGGCCUGAAGAAUGACUUCGGUGGGCAUGACAACCAUCAUCAGCACAAUAUGUACCUUUUCGUGGAUGCCUGCUGGGGUGAGGGUUUUGCAGCAGGGCAUCCUGAUGGCACUGCCAACAACGAUAUCUUUGCCAGCAAUCAGUGCUUGCUGAAAGUUGGUGGAUGGUACGGGUCUGAUUGCGGCAACAACCCAAAGGGCUUCCAGACACACAACAACAGCGUCUACACCUCAGAUGGGACGCUGAAAGUGUGUGGCGGCAAAGAUCUCAACGAGUACGUGAAGUCUGGGCAUGAUGCAGGCUGCUGGGUUAGGAGUCUAGGUCCCUGA